GAAUGUCACUGAAUUAUCAGAAAGGGUCAUGUCUAAAACAAAAGUAAAUGGAGUCCACACCGUGGACUUCACAAAUCAGUCCUCCAUCAUGGAGACCAGAGGAUCCGUCAUCAGUGGUCACAGUGUGGUGUACUCAGUGGACGUAAGGAAGGGACCGUGUUGCUGUGGACAAGUCACAAAGAAACAGAUCCUAAAGGGAGUGGACUGUAUAUUCAAACCAGGAAUGAAUGCCAUUUUGGGACCAACAGGAAGUGGAAAGUCCUCACUUCUUGAUGUGUUGGCCGGUAGAAAGGACCCCAGUGGACUAGAAGGAGAGAUUCUGUUCGAUGGAGUUCCUCCCCCUGAAAAUUUUAAAUGCAUGGUUGGAUAUGUUGUACAAGAUGAUGUUGUCAUGGGAACGUUAACAGUCCGAGAAAAUUUCCAGUUCUCAGCAGCUCUUCGUUUGCCUUCAAACUUGACAAAGGCAGAUAGAGAUGAGCGAGUUAAUACAGUAGUACAAGAACUCGGCCUCACUCACUGUGCAGACACAAAGGUAGGAAAUGAGUUUAUACGUGGAGUGUCUGGAGGAGAAAGAAAGAGAACCAACAUAGGAAUGGAGCUAAUUAUCUCCCCUCCUGUCCUGUUCCUGGAUGAGCCAACCACUGGGUUGGAUGCCAACACGGCCAAUUCUGUCAUGUUGUUAUUGAGAAGAUUGGCGUUGAAGGGUCGGACUAUUAUCUUCUCUAUACACCAGCCUCGUUACUCUAUCUACAGACUUUUUGACACUCUUAUGAUGCUCUCCUUGGGAGAAGUUGUCUAUCACGGCCCGACCAAGGACUCUCUGGACUUCUUCCAAUCCAUAGGUUACACUAUACAGGAACAUAAUAACCCACCGGAUUUCUUCCUAGAUGUUAUCAGUGGAGACUUCAGUAUCGACGUUGACACCUUAGACCCAGAAAAAACUACCACAGAUGAGGAGGAUGUUCAUGGUAUGCUUGUACAAAAAUUCAGAGAAUCAAAUGUUAAUGCAAAAGUCCAAAGUGAAGUGAUGGCCAUUUAUGAUGAAUAUCAGUCCAAAUUAGCAAGGAAAGAGUUGGUACAACUACCCCCUGUACAGUAUAAUACCUCCUUCUUUACACAGCUUUUGAUCUGCUCAGGAAGAACAAUUAAAAACAUCGCCAGGAAUCCCCAGACUUCUGUGAUGCAGUUAUUUGUGAUCCUAAUUUUUGCUGCCAUAGUUGGAGGAAUCUAUUGGCAAAUAGAAAAUGACUGUAAAUCUGGGAUUCAGAACAGAGUUGGUGCUUUCUUUUUCAUUGUGAUGAACCAAGUGUUUGGAAAUUUGUCUGCAGUUGAACUAUUUAUCAAGGAGAGAGCCAUUUUUAUGCAUGAGAAUGUGGGCGGGUUCUACCGUGUGUCAGCCUACUUUUUUUCCAAGAUAUUUUGUGAUGUCAUUCCGAUGAGGUUGUUCCCAGUUGUCAUUUUUUCUGCUGUUACAUACUUUAUGAUUGGUUUCACAGCAGAAGUGGACAAGUUCUUUAUCUACACUCUGAGUCUGUUUGCUGUUGCCAUGGCAGCCUCUGGUUUGGCUUUCUUCUUCAGUGCCCUGGUUAAGAUUUUUGCCAUUGCCAACUUGUGUAUUGCCUUGUGCUAUGUUUUUAUGAUGGUGUUCAGUGGUCUUCUGAUCAACAUAGCCUCCAUUGCAGAAUGGCUGAGAUGGAUUAAAUGGCUCAGCAUUUUCAGAUAUGGUCUCAAUGCCCUGAACAUUAACGAGUUGAAAGACAAACACUUUGACAACAGCACUGUGUGUGGGAACGAGUAUCUUAGUGAGCAGGGGAUUGAAUACCAGACAGACUUUGAUCUCUGGCAGAACAUCAUGGCUUUGUUAGUGUUUUCUGCCUUCUUUUUAAUCCUAACUUAUGUAAGGCUGGCCACAAUGAACAAGCUAAAAUAGUCCACACAAAAGACAAAAAAAAAUCAAGUUAAAAUAGUCAUCAUCACAAAAGACCAAAACAUGGAGUGUGUCUGAACAUGCAUGUAAAAGACUGGAAUGUCAAAGAUGAGAUAAUGUGUAAGAAAGAGACCCUGGUUAGAUUGUAAAGUAUCUUGUAUGUGCCAAUUUUUUUUUAAAUAACCAUGUCUAUUUCUUUCUUGGAUGUGUUGCUUUAUCAUAGAAAGUAAGGAGCUAUUGGUGGGUACAAUUUUCUGUAAGAGCUGUUUUUAGUAGUUUAGAUUUUCUACAGUAUAUGUGUUUUAUGAAUAAGGACGAUGUGAGUUUUAAAGUUUGUUAUUAGACAAUCAGACCAGGUCCUCAAUUAUAUAUGUCGAUCAAGCAACAGGGACUUUUAAUUUUAAGUAUCAGGCAUUUGUCACAUUCCAGUUUAAAGAACUCAGUGCUCAUAAAUAAGAAUUUGGGAGGUACCAAUUCAAAACCGAAAAUUUAUACCAGAGCAUGCAUUAAAAUCCUUUGCAUUAUUGUAGAAUUCUUGGACAGAAGACAAUUUAACCAUUACAGAAAGUAAGCUGUAGAUAUAUUACGGUACAUGUUUGUAACUUGCCAGUUAAAGACAGAUGAUACAAAUUUUUUUUCAAAAAUCAUGAAAAUAACAACUAAACAAUGUUUAUAUAUAAGUAAAAUGAAUAAUUCUAACCACAUAGAUUUAAUUUAACAGUAAUGUCCUACAAAGUCAUGGAAAGUUCUAUAGAUUCAUAAGGGUGAUGGCAAAAAAAGUAUAAUUUUGAGUAUCAUAGAGAUUGCAAUUUCUUUAUAUUUAGAAAUUUAAUAUUUGCAUUUACAAUUAAAUAAGUCCAAAAAUGUAUAUCAAUCCAGGCAUCCGGGUUUUUUUGUGUAUCAUCUGUCCUUAAGUUUAAACCAUUACAAUAAGUAAGCUCUAGGUAUGUUAUGUAAGUAGUUAGAGAGUAGAAUAUUGUAGCUUUAUAGUCCUUAGUAUUGUAGUAUUAUAACACAGAUAUGUAUACAUUAAUACUUAUUGGUCAUCAACUGAACAUGUGAUAAAAAAUCCGGUUUUGUACUUUUCACACAUUAUUGUAUUUUUAUACAUUUCCCCCAACAAUUUUACUUUAAGAUCAAAUGAGAGUAAAGGUUAAAGAAUAGACAGAAAAUAAUGUAUGUCUACUACUAAAAUAUUAUUUCUACACAUAUCUAUAAGUUUUAAGUGCUAAGUGUGCAAUCUGCAGAUUGAAUUUCUGUUUAAAAGUUUAUAACAUACAUAGUUUCAAAUACAUGCACUGGUUAUAAAUGGGAUCCCGAGUGCAUGACCUUUUAUACAUUGAAUAGCAUAGUAUGUAUAUUAUCAUGGUUUAACAAACCAUUUUAAUUGAUACACAAGUUACCAUACAUGACGAAACAUGUGUGAAUAUUGUUGUACAUGUAAAGUAACUGUACC